UUGUGGUCAUGAAUUGACUGCAGCAGAACCCGAGCAAGAGAGGGGGGGGGUGCAGAGACCAGUGGCGGCGGUGGCGGUGGCAGCAGCAGCAGCAGCAGCGUGAGUGUGUGAGUGUGUGUUCGUGUGUGUGUGUUCGUCAGUCCGUGUGUUCGUGUGUCUGUGUCCGCCUGCUUGCCUGCCCGCGAAGGGGAAAAGUGUGCAAGAAGAAUUACAAGAAGGGAAAAGAAGAGCCACUUCUGCUUCUGAGCAGGAUUCAUCAUGCAGCGGCCACAAUCUGAAGACAAAACUGAGAAUGAAAUUGCUUUGGAAAGCUAAAAUGGUAAUUAGAACUUUCUGACGUCUCCAGAGACUUCUCUGCUGGGGAAUCGACCUCCCCCGCCCCCACUUUUUUUUCCUCCAGUUGUUUGGACUCUCUCAGGAGCGAACUGAGCCAUCUGAUUCCAUAUUUGCGUGCAGCUUCUUGGAGGGCUAUCAGCGGCAGGAGAGCUCCAGAUUCUUGACUCUCAGGGUGUAUGCUGCCCUUAAAUGAUGCUUACCUCCCCAGCAGUUGUCUUAGCUCGAUUCAGGACUGGGGUGAAGAGGUAGAGGAAGGAGCUGUUUACCAUGUUACCCUCAAAAGAGUCCAAAUUCAACAGGCUGCCAAUAAAGGAGCAAGAUGGCUAGGGGUUGAAGGGGACCAACUGCCUCCUGGACACACUGUCAGUCAGUAUGAGACAUGUAAAAUCAGGACCAUAAAAGCUGGUACCUUGGAGAAACUUGUGGAGAACUUGUUGACAGCUUUUGGAGACAAUGAUUUUACCUAUAUCAGCAUCUUCCUGUCAACUUAUAGGGGUUUUGCCUCCACUAAAGAAGUACUGGAGCUGCUUCUGGACAGGUAUGGCAACCUGAGGAGCCCAAACUGUGAAGAAGACAGAAGCCCAAAUUCAUCAGAAUGCAAGACAGUGCUCAGGAAUGCAAUUGCCUCCAUCUUGAGGGCCUGGCUGGACCAGUGUGCUGAAGACUUUAGAGAACCGCCUCAUUAUACUUGCUUGCAGAAACUGCUGGAUUAUCUUAAACGGACCAUGCCAGGCUCUGACCCUGAAAGAAGAGCACAAAAUCUUCUGGAGCAGUUUCAGAAACAGAAAGUGGAAACUGACAAUGGAUUUCAUAAUGCUAGCACCUUCAGUCUGGAAGAAGAAGAGGAACCAGAUGGUGGUGGAUCAAGUGAAUUCACUUUAUUCCCAGAAGACCUCGUGGCAGAACAGCUGACCUACAUGGAUGCAGAACUAUUCAAGAAAGUAGUACCACAUCACUGCCUGGGUUGUAUUUGGUCUCAAAGGGAUAAGAAGGAAAACAAACAUUUGGCUCCCACCAUCCGGGCCACCAUCUCUCAGUUUAAUACCCUCACCAAAUGCGUCGUCAGCACCAUCCUGGGAGGCAAAGAGCUCAAAACUCAGCAGCGGGCCAAAAUCAUCGAGAAGUGGAUUAACAUUGCUCAUGAAUGUAGGAUCCUGAAGAAUUUUUCCUCCUUGAGAGCCAUCGUUUCAGCCCUGCAGUCUAAUUCAAUUUAUCGGUUAAAAAAGACUUGGGCUUCCGUCCCAAAGGACAGAAUGCUGAUGUUUGAAGAACUUUCAGAUAUCUUCUCUGACCAUAAUAAUCAUUUAACCAGCCGGGAAUUGCUAAUGAAGGAAGGCACCUCAAAAUUUGCAAAUUUGGAUAGUAAUGUGAAAGAAAACCAGAAGAGGACUCAGAGACGGCUUCAGCUGCAGAAAGAUAUGGGAGUCAUGCAGGGAACAGUGCCCUACCUUGGUACCUUCUUGACUGAUUUGACCAUGCUUGACACUGCUCUUCAGGACUACAUAGAGAGUGGACUAAUCAAUUUUGAGAAAAGGAGAAGAGAAUUUGAAGUCAUUGCUCAGAUCAAGCUCCUUCAGUCAGCCUGCAACAGCUAUUGUAUGACCUCUGAUCAAAAGUUCAUACAGUGGUUCCAAAGACAACAACUCUUAACAGAGGAGGAAAGCUAUGCCCUCUCUUGUGAGAUUGAAGCUCCUGUGGAUACCAGUGCCACCUCACCCAAGCCUAGGAAGAGUAUGGUGAAGAGACUCAGCCUUUUGUUUUUGGGCUCAGAUGUGAUCAACAGCAGCACACCCACCAAAGAGCAGCCUAAAUCAACUCCCAGUGGGAGCUCUGGAGAAAGCAUGGACUCAGUCAGUGUGUCAUCGUGCGAGUCGAACCACUCUGAAGGCGAGGAGGGCUGUAUCACUCCUGUUGACACGCCGGAUGAGCCCCCGAAAAAGCUCUCUGAAUCCUCCUCGUCUUGCUCCUCCAUCCAUUCUAUGGACACAACUUCCUCAGGGGUGUCAUCUUUCAUCAACCCCCUUUCCUCCCCUCCGGUCACCAACAGCAACCCGAAAAACCACAAACGCUCCAUCUCAGUCACAUCCAUUACCUCGACAGUGCUGUCUCCAGUUUACAAUCAGCAGAAUGAAGACACCUGCAUAAUCCGGAUCAGUAUAGAAGACAACAAUGGGAACAUGUAUAAGAGCAUCAUGUUGACAAGCCAGGAUAAAACUCCAGCUGUUAUCCAGAGAGCCAUGCUGAAACACAACCUUGACUCAGACCCAGCAGAGGAUUAUGAGCUCGUCCAGGUCAUCUCCGAAGACAAAGAAUUAGUCAUUCCAGAUACUGCAAAUGUUUUUUAUGCUAUGAAUAGCCAGGUGAACUUUGACUUCAUCCUACGGAAAAAAAACACCCUGGAUGAACAGGUGAAGCUGCGAAGUCGAACCAGCUUGACCCUGCCCAGGACAGCAAAGAGAGGCUGCUGGAGCAGCAGACACAGCAAAAUCACUCUCUGAAAGGGCCAUUUCAGUGGCUUCCUGUUGGCCAAAGGGGGGAUUGGGACCGAGGAGGCUGGCAAGAGAGCUUCAACUACCAUCCAGUAUUAGAGAGCCAUCAUUGAGUCAAUAAAUAUUUAUUGAGCAUUUGCUAUGUCUAUGGCACUGUGCAAGACACCUUGGGGAAUACCAAGAUCAUGGACACGAAAAGGAUGAACUACUUACUUACUUACUCAGUGAUCCUCCUUGACCAACUGGGGACUGGAAUGCAAAGAUACCCACAUCUAGAAGUAUAUAUGCGUCUUUGUGUAUGUGUGUAUAUAUACCUAAACAUAUUUUAUAUAUAUAAAUGUAUGUAUAUAGAUAUAGAUAUAAAAGGAACUUUAUGGGAUAUUCUGGACUAUGGGAAAAAAAUUUGCACAUUGGCCUAGGACGAUAUGGUCAUUUUUUACAGGGAAAAAAAAGAAGGAACUGAGAACAUAGCCUUACAUCUUACAAUUAAAUGGAAUCAAAUCCUAGGAAUACAAAUUUUCCUUUGUGCCAGUAUUACUUAUGAAAUGAACUUCAAUUUUUAUUUUUCUAAGAGGAGAGGAACCUCUCAAAAUCAAGUGCCACCAGAAACAACCAAAUGUAGGAUGAAAAGAGCCACCAUCAGCUGCAUGAAAGACCAACUUAGAAAGGGUCUGGAUAAGCCGGUGUCCCUCAGCAUCUGCCUGCCUGGGCUGGGGAACAGGCAAGGGGCUUGGGUUUCCCCCCAGCAAAACAUAAAGCAAGAAGCUCAAUUGGAAAGUACUAGAUUUUGGAGCUGAAGGAUCUGGGUCUGUUUCUCAGCUUUGUGACUUAAUAUCUGUGUGACCUUGGGCAAGUCACUUCACUUCUCUGAGCCUUGGUUUCCUCAUCUGCAUAAUGAGGAGGUUGGACUCAAUGACCUCUAAGGUCUCUUUUAGCUCUAACUCUUUGAUUUACUUUGACCCACUCACUCAACAAAUUACUUUUCUGGAAGGGGAAGAGAGAACUCAUUUUAUCAUCGAAUUUUUCCAAUAUUUUUUUUUUGUACUCAUUCAGAACGAUGAUAGUCAUUUUAGUUUUCCCUUCUAGAAACAUUCAGAAAGUGGGUCAUGCUUGUUUUUGCACAAACACCCAUGUUUUUGGUUACUUAUCAGCCAGGCAAGGAAGUCAAAAAGACACCCUACGUCUGUGGACUCUGUCCUUGUUUGAAUGCCACUAGUCAUUGCCUUUUCUGGAUAAAUGCCUUCAGCAUUUCAGCUGCAUAUCAUGCCGGUCUUUCUACCAUCAGAAUUGCUGUUCCUCAUCAUUCUGUGCAAUUAUUCCUCAGGUGUAGAACUCUUCAUUGAGAUUGACUUAGAUUGGUGGCUUGGAAUCUGUGAAGGAAUCGAUUCCUGAACAUCAAUGGACCCAUUAUGGCCACCUUUGAAGAUGGUGCCUGUUUUAUUGUAGCAGUGCCGAGUUUUACUUUAUUAUUAACUUUUGUAGCAUCACUGUGCCUAGCCCACAGCCUCCCCAGGGCAGGGUUGGGGGGAGCCUUGUGGGGACAGGGGGUGCAUGCCAACUAAAUCAUUUCUUAACAAGGUACAUUCUCCAAAAGGAAUAAAGAACCUAACGUUGCAUAUGGACCCCCAUAGCUGCUAUUACUCUGUCUCACUUUGAAGUGAAAUUUUUAUUGCCAACUAUGCCAUUUUCCUCCAGAAUCGGAGGUGUGGUAAAAAGUCAUUUUAGGGGUUUGAAUCAAAAGCCAUAUAUAUAUGUCUUAUAUUGACUUGUAAGAAGCACUUACAGAAUGUCAUCCUUUAAAAACGAUUCUCAGAAUAUUAGUCUGCAUUCCAAAAAUUAAAAAUAAAGUUGAAAUGAACCAAGAUUAUAAAGUAUAGAUUAUAUAUGUAGAUUUCUCUGUGCCAACUCUGUAAUGCGACUAUGAAAAGUUGUCUCAUGUUCUGUGAAUAGCCAUAAGAAAUCAAGGUUGGGGUCCUGGAAAGGUCUGGAGAGCCAUAAUACCCAGACAGGAAAAAGAAAGCAGGUUUGAGAAUGUCUUAUGUCUUGCUCAGCCUUUCCGGGGAUGGUGAAUUAUGCACUGCAAAGAUGCUUAAUUUCACACUUCUUCAUGCCCAUCGUCAGUUCCAUCCAUCUGUCAAGAGAAGGGACAAAGGUGGCAGUGAUGUGGUCGUGGUUCCCAAAGUGUGACCAACAUAUGAGGUGGCCUGACAGGAGAGCCUCAGCCUGUUUUUUUAGGCUGUGAGUUCAGAAAUAUGUAAGAGUGCGUGGUCGAAUGGGUACCCCCAGAACACACGUGUGUUUGCUUGUAUAUACUGUAUAUGUAGAGAUUAGAUUUCUAUACUGCACUGUACAAAAUCUGUAUUUUUCAUUUUUAAAGAUGAUGAAAAUACCCAGUGGGAUAAAAUCGCCUCAUUUAUUUAAUGCCAUAUUUUAAAUGCCAUUUUUGUUCCUGAUAGACAGCUCAUGUAUGCUUUUAGCUGCUUGCACUCUUCUCCUUUGGCAUCUGUCAUCUGUUUACCUUUUGGUUCAACUAAUAAACUGGUUUGGGAAUAGGAGGCAUGUGCUGCCUAAACCCCAAGGGAAUGUAACAUGAA